AUGAAGGUUCAGAAGAUCACAGUCCGGGGCACUGCCAAGACCCGCGAAUCAUUCAUGCAUCGCAUCCUCCAACCCGUCUUCGAGGCUCGGUCCCUGCACGAGGUCAUGGGCCUGAGUCGACAGGCCGCCCGCAGGAUGGAGCGGUUUGGGAUCUUUGACGACAUCAAGGUACAAUUGGAUAGCCCCAGCGAUCCUUGGCUGCACGAUCGUAAAGAUCGGGUCGAUCUUGGCAUUUGGGUCAAGGAGGGAAGCCGUUUUCAGAUCAGAACAGGAACCGAGGCCGGAAACGCGGAAGCCAGCAUGUAUGGUGCCAUGACUGUCAAGAACCUGUUUGGUGGCGCUGAGACCUUGAACACAAGCAUGGCAUUUGGAACACGCACGUCGUCUGCUUUUCAGUUCGCACUUGCAACUCCUAUUCUCGCGGAUCCCGACAAGAAUUUGUCGUUCAAUCUUUUCAGCCAAUCCAGGAACAAUACCCAGUGGAGCUCAUACGAAGAGGACCUGAGGGGAGGCUCCUUGAAGUACAGCACACUCUCUCCUCUCGGCUACCACGAAUUUGCAUACGAGGGUCACUGGAGAGAAGUCUGCCGCCCCUCGGAGAAGGCAUCUCUUAGUAUUCGCGAACAGUGCGGCCACAGCUUGAAGUCAGCCUUGACUCACAUGUGGAUCCACGAUAUGAGGGACGAGCCUCUCAUGCCCUCGACUGGCCAUUUUGUACGCGUCAUUCAGGAAUACGCUGGAUUGGGCGGAGAUGUCAACCACUUGCGUCAGGAGGUUGAGGCACAGAUAGCUCGUUCCAACGACGCCGGAUAUAUCGUCUCUGCGACAGUCAAGUCUGGAUACCUGCAUUCGCUAAACGGCAAGAAGUCCAAGAUCUCGGAUCGCUUCUUCCUUGGAGGACCCAUGUCCGUCCGCGGCUUCAAAUCCAAUGGUCUUGGCCCUCGCGAAGGAGAGGAUUCUCUGGGAGGUGACGCCUACAUGUCCGCCGGUCUCAGUUUAUUGACACCCUUCCCCGGUCUCGCCAGCCGUGAUUCCUUCAAGGCCCAUUUCUUUGCUAAUGCCGGUACCUUGGUUGGCAUCGAGCCUGGCCAGUCUGCGCUGAAGACUGUUGAGGAUUUGACCAAGGCCCCCAGUGUCUCUGUUGGAGCCGGUAUUGUCUACCGCCAUCCUCAGGUCCGCAUCGAGCUCAACUUUGCACUGCCCCUGAUGGCGACCAAGACCGAUGCUAUCUCAAGAGGAUGGCAGUUGGGUCUGGGUAUCAGCUUCCUGUGA